CUGAUUCAUUAACGAAUAGAAGAGCCGCGUUACUGGAAAUUCUAUCAAGUGACAUCAAUUAGUGUUCAUUCUACAACACAGUGUUUCACCUCUAAGUUAAAUGUGAAUAAGUUGAGAAAUUGGAAAUUUUUUGUGAAAUAAAUCAAUCCAUGAUAGUGUUGUCGUUGAAAAAUCGCUACAAUUAUGUGACUUAUUCUUCCUGACCAGUGCGUUUCGUUUUAUUCAUAUUUUCUUCAAGAAUAAAGAAAGAAUACCAAAUGGCAGUCAAUGUAUCGAAGUGUUCUCAAAGAAUCAAGAAAGUGCCACCGGAUGGUGGGUAUGGAUGGGCCAUAGUAGCAGCAUUCGCCAUUUCUUAUGGAAUUCUUGUGCCUGCUAUCACGAAUUUUGGUCUGAUCUUCAAAGACAAACUUACAGCCAUGAACUUAUCAGCCAGUGACAUUUCACUUGUAAUUAAUAUUAAUUCAGCCUUCAGUAUGUCGAUGGGCUUAAUUAACGGUGCACUGCAACGAAAUUUUGGAUAUCGAAAGAUUGGAAUUGUGUCUGGUGCAGCAUUUGCGCUUGGUAUUAUACUAUGUUCGUGCUCGAGUAAUUUUAUUAGUUUCGUUUUCACAUACGGACUUCUGACUGCUGCUGGAUUCGGAUUAUCGUUAUCAUCGUUUCAACUUGCUAUAAGUACAUACUUUCUAGAAAAGAGGAAUAAAGCUACUGGUAUUGCAAUGUCAGUAGCUGGUAUUGGACCGAUUCUUUUCCCUCCUAUGGUCACGUACUUAUUAAUGACCUAUGGUGUCAAUGGAACUGUUUUGAUUCUUGGCGGCAUAUCUAUUCAUACCGUAAUGGCCGCACUGAUGCUCCAGCCUAUUAAAUGGCAUAUGAAGCUAAUACUAGUUCAACCUGAAGAAGAGGUUCUAAUAAAGGAAUGUAGUGACAGUGACGAAAAGUCAGACGAUGUUUUCGUAAAGCCAGGGUUUUACAUAGGUAUAAAGGAAUCGAAUGCAAAUUCACAUAAACAUAAACAUUCGGAUAACAUAGACUUAUCGUCUGGAGAUGAGGAGGAACCCGUAGAUAGGUCAUAUAAUUACAUCGAUCAUGAUAUAGAUAUGCAGAGCAUAUACGGCUGCGAGCAGAUGCCAAUUGUGCGUAAGAUGUCGACGAAACAAGUGAAUCGUUGCGAUAGUGCCAUUCAUAACAGCUACUCAUUGAAAGAAUUGAACAGCAAAUACAUUCGAAGCUCAAGUGUAGAAGGAGCGGUCAAUGCUCAUCUCGUCAAGCCACGUAAAAGAUGGUUCGAAACUGGAUCUAUUGAUACCAUAAAUUUAGGUAGUGCGGUCGACAUCUUUGGUCAACGAGGGCUCGAUCGAAAUGAGUCAAAGCGAUUGAUGCAUUCAUUCAGUCGGAUAGUUGAAGAAGAAAAUAAGACAGCAGAAGAAAUGGACGAGGAGGAAAGGAGAAAGAGUGAAAUUAUUCAGGAGAAAAUAGCUAUGGAAAAGAUGAUAAACGAGAAACAGCAUACCUCAUUUUGGCGUGCUGUUGGCAGGUGGACCGUUCAUUUCUUCGAUCUGGAUCUGUUGCGCGACAAGACUUACGUCAACAUAUUGCUUGGAAUCUCAUUUGCUAUAUUUGCCGAAUUCAAUUUUUCCAUUUUAACACCGUUCAUUUUGUACGAAAUGGAUUUCAGUACCGUUGAAGUUGCCAGUCUGAUGUCAACGGUGGCUAUAUCGGACGUAAUAAGUCGAUUCGUUUCGCCAUGGAUUGGAGACUAUUUCGAGCAAUCGUCUCGAAUUAUGUAUAUGAUCAGUUUGGUGUUUUUGGUGGUUAUUCGUAUGGCUUUUCUCUGGGUAUCAUCCUACAGCACAAUGAUAUUCAUCAUGAUAAUACUGGGAAUAGGACGAGGCAUUCGAACCGUUUAUAUGAACGUUAUAAUACCAGACCAUGUACCAAUUGAACGUUUAGCAUCCGCAUCCGGUUUACAGAUGGUCACGAAUGGAAUAUUUUUGUUAAUAUUCGGAUCGAUUAUUGGAGUGAUGAGGGACAUAUCAGGAACCUACGCGUCUUGUAUAGUAUUCAUAAACGUUGUGACGGUGCUAACAUUAAUAAUGUGGUCAGUGGAAUUAAUCUAUGUCCAUGUAACACGGACAAAUUGAGGCAAAACUCAAUAGUGAAAAUUGUCAUCGUAAUUACUGUAACAAUAAAAUUUUAGUAUGCGGAUCGUUCAACUUCAUC